UAAGCAUGAAAAUUACACAAAACUGAAAUGGGUAAUCUAAGCCUAUCCCUUGUUUCUUUACUAUGCUUAUUAGCUACUGCCGCUUCCCAGCAGUGUGGGCGCCAAGCUGGUGGCCGGACUUGUGCUAACAACCUUUGUUGCAGCCAGUUUGGUUAUUGUGGCACCACAGAUGAUUAUUGUUCACCUUCUAGAGGUUGCCAAAGUAACUGUCGGGGUGGGGGUGGUAGUGGCGGCGGUGGUGAAAGUGCCUCCAAUGUCAGAGCUACCUACCAUUACUACAACCCUGCACAAAAUGGAUGGAACCUAAAUGCUGUAAGUGCCUAUUGCUCAACUUGGGAUGCAAACAAGCCCUUAGCAUGGCGCCAGAAGUAUGGAUGGACCGCCUUCUGCGGACCGGUCGGACCUCGUGGCCAAGCAUCUUGUGGAAGAUGCUUAAGGGUGACAAAUAGAGCUACAAGAGCACAAGUAACAGUAAGAAUUGUGGAUCAGUGCAGCAACGGAGGCCUAGAUUUAGAUGUAGCCAUGUUCCAGCAGAUUGACACUGAUGGCAGAGGCCAUGCCCAAGGCCACCUUAUGGUGGAUUAUCAAUUUGUCGCCUGUUGAGAUUCAAGCUUUUCUUAAAAAUAAAGAAUAAGAGAACUCCCACCUAUAACCAAAUAAAACAAUUUUAUGUACCUAUUUGAUAUAGAGAAAAAGCCAAAAGGGGCAAAUUCAUAAAGUAUUUUUGAAUUGCCAAUCCAAUAAUAAAUACGAGUUUGAACAA